AUGGCCAACAGAAAGAAUGUCAUGGCCAUGUUAUUUCUCACCACCAUUGUGGCGGUGGCGGCCACAAGGCCAGCCGAGACCUAUGGCGUUGCGGAGGAGAACACAUUGAAGAUGGCUACGCCCAGCAGGAAAGGGGUUGACGCUACCUUAGCAGCUACACAUGUUGUUGCCGCCGAGAAGUCCAUCAAGAAGGCUGAAAGCGCCACCACACCAGAAGAGGCCGCGGCUGCCAAGCAAGAUGGAGCAAAAUCUGCUUCUGCUGCAUUAAAGUACAAUGCCAUCUCUCAGCAGGAAAAUGGUAAAGGUUCUUCUACCUCCCUAGGCAGGAAAGAAGCAGCCAAUACUUUAGCCGCCGCACACUAUGCCGCCACCGAGAAGUCCAUCAAGAAGGCCGAAACCGCCAAGACACCUGCAAAGGCAAAUGGUAAAGGUUCUUCUACCUCCCUAGGCAGGAAAGAAGCAGCCAAUACUUUAGCCGCCGCACACUAUGCCGCCACCGAGAAGUCCAUCAAGAAGGCCGAAACCACCAAGACACCUGCAAAGGUCGUGGCUGCCAAGCGAGACGCAGCAAAGUCUGUUGAUGAUGCAUUAAAGUAUGGUGCCAUCUCUCGGAAAGCAGCUGGUACAAGUUCUUCUACCUCCCCCAAUAAGAAAGAAGGCACCACUGAUGCUGCUAAGAUGUUCACCAAGAAGGCUGAAACCGCUACCACACCUGAAGAGGCCGCGGCUGCCAAGCAAGCUGCAGCCAAGUCUACCGCUGCUGCAUCAAAGUAUGGUGUCAUUUCUCAGCAAGUAGCUGGUACAAGUUCUUCUACCUCCCCUAGCAGGAAAGAAGCUGCCGGUACCUUGGCAGAUGCUCGCAUAGCUGCUGCCGAGAAGUCCAUCAAGAAGGCUGAAACCGCCACAAGACCUGAAGAGGCAGCAUCCGCUAAGAAGGAUGCCACAAAAUCCGAGGCUGAUGCAAUGAAGUACGGGGCCAUCUCUCAGCAGGCCGCCGGCAAAAAUGGUGCCUAA